AUGAAAUAUACUACAAAGUGGAACAAGUCAUUUUUGAGUGGAAUGAAGGGGACUGGGAAAUGGACUGUCCAGCAGGCCGCGGAGCUUUCGGUAGCUGCUCCCACGAUUGCAGCCUCGUUGGAUUGUCGGUAUUUGAGCGGGUUGAAGAAAGAGCGAGAGGUGGCCGCGGAGGUGUUGAGGGAAGCGGGUUUGAAGGAGGAGGUUGGGGCAGUGAGGAGUGGGAUUGAUAAGAAGAGGUUGAUUGAUGAUGUGAGGCAGGCUUUGUAUGCUUCCAAGAUUUGUAGCUAUGAACUUGUUGAGAGCAAAGAGUCUCUUCCACAGUCGGCAAAAGAAUUUCGUAAGUCCUUCUUCCCUCGUAAGGACCUCAAGAAGUUGUUGGAUCUACCCGUUCAGAGGCGGAGAGCUCCUUUGUUGCUCAACUACAUCCUGACUUACAAGUCAGUUCUUCCCGAUACCCCGAAGAAGAAGAGCAAGUCUUCUCAUUUCGCCACAACUCCACCAGCAACUUCAUCAUCUCGGCCAGAUCAGGGAUCAACCUCCGAUCUAGCUGAGCAGCCAUCAACCUCGGCUCCAUAUGUGAUCCCUCCAUCUCAAUGCAAAUGCCAACGCCGAACCGCAAUCGCCGCCGAGAUGGGUUGCAAGAAAGUAGUUGCUGACAAUCUUCUGGCCGACAUCCCGGAUGUUGGCACCGCACAACCAGCACAAUCCCAGCCUCAACCAAAGCCGAAACCAAAAAGGCUAAAAAAAGUUGAACCCAAGACAACGGUGACUCAGAUCGACACUGAGGACACCUUGCUGAUCUCCAAGAUUGCUGAGGCAGAAAAAAGUGCCUCUGCCGUCGAAAAAAGGCCCGCCGAGGCCGCGCCAUCCGAAUCAACCAGGUCAAAGAGACCGAGGUCUAAAUCGGCCACAACCUCGGGUUCUCUGAAAUCCAAUGCCCCCUGGGCUUCCCCCAUUACCAUUGAGGACAAGUCGGUUAGAGCUAGCGACAGUGUUGAUGACAUUGAAGCGAUCCAGCAUGGCCACUCCUUCGCGAUGCAAGCUUUUAACAUUAAAAAGGAGUUGGUCCACAAGACAAAGGAGGCUGUCAACUUGUCCAAGUCCCUCAACAAGGUCGAGGGCAAAAUGAAGGCCUUGACAAAUCGGGCCGAGGCAACCAAGAAGGCCCAGGACGAGGCCGAGGAAAAGGCUGACGUUGCAGAGGCCAUUGCCAAGGUCCUUGCGGCCGAAAAGAAAGAGGCCGAGGCAAAGGCAAAGAUGGUUGAGGCCCAAAAAGAACUUCAAGAAGGCCUGGCCACAAAAGAGGACGAGAUCAAAGCGGCUGACGAGAAGGCGUACGCCGAGGGGGCAGCCGAUGUCAAAGAAGACUACAAGAGACAAGUCAGACAGACAUGCAACAAGGGCUAUACCCUUGGUUGGAUGGCUGCUCUGAAGGCGUUGGCUAUCCCCGAGGAUUCCCCGCUCAGAAAUGCUAAUAGCUUUGUCCUGCCAUUCCCCCCUACUCCAAGCCAAUCCAAAGAUGAUUCUGAAUCCGAGAAAGAAGCUUUGGAUGAGGAGGGUGAGGUCUCAAAGGAUGCCUCCUCCCAUAAGACAAACUCCGAGGUGCUUAUCGCCGAGAAGAGCCUCGAUCAAACUUUACAGGAGAUCGAUGUUGAGCUCGAGGCUGAGAAUGUUGCUGAUAAGUCUUCCCAACUGUCUUUUGGGGCCGAGGAACAAUCCAUAGCUGACGCCGAGUAG